AUGGAAUUCAUCUGGAAGACUGCCAAGACUGCAUGGGAUCAAUACAACUACGCUAGUAACCUCAAAGAGAAUCUUGAUGUUAUGAAAACCCAAAUGCAAGAGUUAAGAACCCAGGCAUCCGAUGUAAAGAUUGAACUGAACAUGGCAGAGGUAAUGCAUGGAAAAAAGCCAAAGGGAGAGGUGAGUUUAUGGCUGGAAAAUGUGGAAAGGAUUACAAGCCAAAUGACCACAACAGAAGAGGAUUAUAAAGAAGUAGGGAGAGAUUUCUUACGCUCACGUGUAGCAUUGGGAAAGCUUGUCAUAAAGAAAAUUGAAGAGGUGGUGAAGAUUAGGGAGAAAAGUCGAUUUUCAGAAGGGUUAUUUGGCAAUCUAUUACCUGAAAUGGGAAGUGUGCCCACAACAAAACUAGUGGGAAGAACGACAGCUGAAAGAAAUUUGAAAAAGAUUUGGGAGUCUUUGAUGGAUGAUGAAGUGAGAAUUAUUGGUGUCUAUGGCGUGGGGGGCAUGGGCAAGACGACCAUCAUGACCCACAUCCACAAUAGAAUACAGAGUUCUGGAAAAUUUGGCAUUGUCAUAUGGGUAACCGUGUCUCACAAUGCUAAUAUUGAGAUACUGCAAAAAGGUAUUGCACGAGCAAUAGGAUUGAAACUUUCCUAUGAAGAGGAUAGAAUGAGAAGGCCAAUGAAAUUGUUUCAGGCUCCGAAGAGUAGGGAGAAGUUCGUUAUCAUCUUAGAUGAUAUGUGA